UUUUACUCCAAGUUUCCAGGAAAGCAAAUCCAUCUUUCAUGAAUACAUCAAUUGUAUUCCUCUUUCAAGCUAAGUACCCAGAUGGGGCUUUUUUAGCUGUCCUGAUGCAAUUCUCAUUCUUCGGUCUUCCUGUACACCUCCCUCAGCCUAUCCAAGCAGAUCUUUUCCACAGCUAGACACCUCUAAUUCUGUUUCCCACCUUUUUGCCAUUGUUUACACACUGUUUAUAACCCUUCUUGCAGAAGAAAAAAAAUAUUCUCAUUCUUUUCAAGAAAAAAAAAAAAUCCCGUUUUUUCCCCCAUUGAAAUAUUACUGUUUAGUUUAAGGUUGCUGUUUUUAAAAAUAGUAUCUGAAAACAAAUCAGUUUUAACUGAGAGGCCAGUUUUCCUUUUAAGAAGCUUUGAUACGAAUUUGGACCAAAUUAGCUUUAGAUUUAAGAUAAUCACUUUUAUAAUUGCACUUUGAAAGACAGUUUACUAGAAUAGGACUAACUUUUAGAUGAAAAGCAUUUUUUCUCUUUUUUUAUGAACAGGGAACUUUUAAAAAUAUUUUCCUGUGAUUAACAGUAUGCUUUUCCAAAAUGAACAAAAGACUUUUGUAAGCAAGAAACCAUGAAAAAUAAGCAUGUGUGUUUCUAAGAAUUAGAACAGUACCACACACGUACAGCAAAAGACAGUAUGGAAAUAAAUUCCAAAAGAACGUAUUUAAAGACUUCAAAAACCAUUUUAAAAUAAGAGUCAGAUUUUCAGCUUGUACAUAUUGACACAGCCAUGAGGUUUCAGCCACUUAAAUACAUCACAUACCAUAGCAGCUCCUUGACAGCUCGAUUUACAGUAACAAAAUGGUAUUUAAGCAUAGAUUAAAGAAAAACAGCGUUUGUGUUUGCAAGUUCACAGGAGGGAGUGGUUGGGUUUUCAUUUACCGGAGCGUAAAUGGACUAGUCUUCUAUAUGAUGCCUACAGAAGUCAUAUUUGCCAUGGACGUGUGUACAAGGGGGCCUUCAGCCUCUGCCUGGUGAGGCCAGGGUGGCACUCUCCACCAGGUGACUCCGCUCACGGCUCGUGGUGCCGACGAGUGCAGGAGCACACCAGAAGCGGGCCACAAGCUCAAUUAAUUGCUCCAGCAAGAACAGACCAGUCCCAGCUGGGAUCUUUUCCCGCUCCACCUGCCAUCACCGCGUGCAUGGCUUGCAGACGUGCAACACAGCUGCUGUACGUACGCAUGGAAAAUCUGCUGCUCCGGGGAAAUAGUGGAAUUGCUGCACAUGCGUGAACAUAAUUUACUGCUUGCAACGCUACGGCCAGUGCUUCCAGGAAAGCACCUGACCUGCUCCAUACGUGUGGUGCAUUCCAUCUAUGCGUGUGAACCUGGUGCACCUAGGACAAAAACAUGUCUUUUACUGUGGUGAUCUGUACACUAAUUUGGCUUACAACCAGAAAUGCUGGACUCAUUAUAUAUGCCUAAUCGGUCCAUUGCAGUUUAGGUAGGGGGCCUCAGACAAAAACCCUCUUCUCACUCUGAGAUAAGCGUCCUGCUCAGCCAGAAAAAAAUGGACAUUUCAUGAUGAAAGGAAGAUGGGCCUUUAGCACCUAUUUUUCUCAAUGACUCCACGAUGCUUUUCCUCUAGAGGAUUCUGAUCCCAGCAUCUUGCAGCAGUACACAGGCACAGGUUCAAUUAACGCGUGGUCCUCCGAGAGUUAUGCCUCCAGCCUAACCCAGUUAUCCACCUUCCCGCCACAGACAAAGGCAUGACACAGGCAUCUCCAAAAGGAGUUUCAUCACACCUGUCUCAUACACCUACCAUAGGAAGGCAAAAAUUACCCCAUGGAGAUGCCUAUCUAGUUCCAUUGACUGCAUGGGAGCCUAGUUGUGUCUAAUUUCAAUGAGGAAAGUACUUACUCAGUUCUUCAGACUGACUAUGAGUGAGAAGCAAGCUAUUAUGCCAUAAUUUCAUUCCCUAUUGUGUGGGAAGUCAGCAUUGCAUCAUCCCUAGGAAAGAGAACAAGAAAUGAAGAUCCCUUCUUGGUGGGUGCGGUCCAAGAUUUGGUAGCCAAUCUUCAAGCCAAACACAGCACAGAGGUCGAGAGCUGGCUGACAAAUCGAAACCGGGAGGAGGACAAGGUCUGUCAGCGGGACACUUCCAGCAAAUCAUCUUCGCAUCAACACUGCUUCAGCUUCCACAAAGCCAUGUUAGACCACACGACAUAAGCUCAGCAGAGCUUCUGGUAACAAACAUGGAGUCAUACUUUGUUAAACUGCAUGUGCUGUAGUAUUUGAGGAAUAUGAUUUGGAGAAUAGAAGCAUGAUUUCCACUGAGACUUACACUACCAUUUGUGAUACAGAAUGUCUCUAAGUGAGAAGAAUAGUGUGGUUUUUGCAUAUGAAUCUUCAGUACACAGUAACAAUGUACUACUUAGUCUUGAUGAUCAGAGAAAGCAAGAUAUUCUUUGUGAUGUUACUAUUUUAGUGGAAGAUCAGCGAUUUCGGGCUCACAAAGCUGUGCUUGCAGCUUGCAGCAGUUACUUCCUUUCAAGAAUUGUGGGCCAGGUGGAUGCUGAUCUUAUCAUCACUUUACCGGAAGAGGUAACACUUAAAGGAUUUAGUCCUUUGCUUCAGUUUGCAUACACAGCUAAACUUAUUUUAAAUAAAGACAAUGUGUCUGAAGUUUGCAAGUGUGCUGAAUUUUUGGGUGUACACAACAUUGAAGAGUCUUGCUUUCAGUUUCUCAAAUUCAAAUUUUUGGACUUUAAAUCGGAUCAGCAGGAAUGUCCUAGGAAGAAAUGUUGUACGCAACGUUGUCAGAAAACAAACCCUAAAAUUGGCAAUGUGGAUGAUGGAGACCUAGAAAUAGAUGAUGAAGCAGAAGAACUUUUAGAAAAGGAGUGUAUUCAGACUCCUGACACAAAGCUCUGUAGAGAUGAGGAAAAUGCUAAAUCGUUGCCUGCUCUCCAAGAUAAUGCCGGUCAAACAUGUGAUCCUGUACAUUUAGAAAGGAGUAGUGUUUCCAGCUUAUCUUCCCAGUGCCCAAAGUAUAGGAAAUUCCAGAAAGCUUUUGGAAAUGACAAAGUUCAUACUUCAGAGUCCAAUUCCAGUAUUAAAGACAUUCAGGUGCCACCAAUUACAACUCUUCUGGAGAAGGAAAUAUCUGAUAAUGAUGGCAUACAGAAAGCUCAGGAGUGUGUACCUAUGCAGCUGGUCUCAAAAUGUGAAGAGACUCAGGUAAAAAUGGAAGAAGGGGAGGAAGGCAUUGAGAAAAAGGAAGAGUCGAAGAGAGAAGAGUUGAAGAGAGAAUCUGUGACUCAGAAUGUGUCAUGUCCUGUGGAGAAAAUGGAUCUUUCUGCUUUCCCCCAAAACUCUGCUACACCUCAUGGACUCAAUUCUAUGUCUUUUUUACAUACUUGCGAGCAAUAUGGUAACUUGAAUUUCAGUAGUAUGCAAACCAACACAGUCUUAACUGAAAAAACUGUAUCAGGUACUGGAGUUGGGAAUGACAAAGCUGAAAGUCAAGAUGACACACCUUCAAAGGUCGAUUUGUGCACGAGGGAAGCCACUAACAUUACGUCAGCUGGUGAUCGAAGCAGUGUGGAGAGAGAGGUAGCAGAACAUCUAGCAAAAGGGUUCUGGAGUGAUAUUUACAGCACAGAAGCUUGUCAAAUACAUUUACCGCCUGCAGUUCCAAAAGAGUGCUUUGAGCCAGUAUAUUCGGGGAAAAAAUCCGAGUGUCCGUGGCUAGGUAUCAGGAUCAGUGAAAGCCCCGAACCUAGCUCUCAACGAACUUUUACAACAUUGAAUUCUGUGAACUGCCCCUUUAUAAGCAACCUUAGUGCUGAAGGGUGCUCUAACAGCUCUGAAAUAAGUGGUGGAGAUUAUCUUCAGGGACAGCAACAAGAACAGUGUCCCUAUAAUUAUGUGAUAAGUUUGGGAGAGGAUUCGGAAACUGACACUGAGGGAGACAGUGAAUCCUGUUCAGCAAGAGAACAAGAAUGUGAGGUAAAACUGCCAUUUAAUGCACAAAGGAUUAUCUCACUUUCCAGAAAUGACUUCCAGUCAUUUCUGAAAAUGCAUAAAUUAACUCCCGAACAAUUGGACUGCAUUCACGAUAUCCGAAGACGAAGUAAAAAUAGAAUUGCAGCACAACGAUGUCGUAAGAGAAAACUCGACUGCAUACAAAAUCUUGAAUCUGAAAUUGAAAAACUGCAAAAUGAGAAGGAAAACUUGCUGAAGGAAAGAAACCACAUUUUGUCAACUCUGGGUGAGACAAAGCAGAAUCUGACUGGACUUUGCCAGCAGGUGUGUAAGGAAGCAGCCUUGAGUCAUGAGCAAAUACAAAUACUUGCAAAAUAUUCUUCGUCAGAUUGUCCACUUUCAUUUUUAUUCCCGGAGAGAGAACGAACAACUCCAUCUGAUAGUGAGCUUGUGAUACCAACGUGCAUAGAAUUAGCAGAUGGUCUUUCAGGUGUUACAUCUACAAAUGAGCAGAGUUCUUGUUAUCAGUGUGUGAAAAGUGUGUGUGACGCAACAUACGAUCAAGUGCAAGAACUGCAUCCAGUUUCUGUAAGAACAUUGGAGAAAACUUCGCUUGUGGAACAGUGCGGACAGAGCGGUGGCAUCACAGACUUCUGUCAGCAAAUGACUGACAAAUGCACUACAGAUGAGUGAAUUUGUUCUCUUCCUAUUGCCAGCCUCUCAACAUUGCAACUAAGAGCGAGAUUGAGCAUUAUGGCAAAGUAACUUAGAAAGUGGAAGAAAAGAUGAAACUUUUGCAACUACAUUGACAAUUACAUGGUCAUUAUAUUACUUGGCAAGCCUUGGGUUUGCUCUGUGUAUUUCUAGAGUGUAAUUUGUAUGUGUCAGCCUUGGAGCUUUUUCUGUGUGGUAAUGCUGAGGACAGUUCAGGAAAGUUGUUGGAAAGUAUAAACAGAUAAACAGACGUUUAUUUGUGAGGAAGCUUUAAUUCAGGUAUAGAGCAGCCUUCACUCUGAUUUUAUGCCACAGUACCUAACACCACCCUGCAUCUCAAGAAAAGCCUCCUAGCAGGUGUUGAUGCACAAUGACUUAUAAACCUGGAAUUCUUAUCUCUCUAAGAUUUCUUGUUUCCCGGUAGACAAACCUUAAGAAGCAUAUAUAGCUCUGUAAAUGUUUAUUUUGUGGACGGGUUAGGAUAACAUGACAAUAUGAGGAGAUUCAGGCAACUGCGUUCUGGAACAGCUCAUUGCUUCCUGCUGUUCCCAUCCCUGUACCAGACCCGGCUUUUAUUGAACAUAGGCCUCUGUCUUAGCUCUCUGGUACCUAGUUAAGACAACUGGAACAGCGGAGGUGCUACCGCAUACUGCUCUCUUCUCUAAAUUUUGUGGGAGGAAUAACAAUAUACUGGGAAAGGCAGAAGUUUGAAACCGAUGCAAUUCUUUGAUUAGUGUGCAUUGGAUCCUCAGGCAUCUGAAUCCCAUAUGAUUGUUAAAAUUCAUCACUGUAUUGUGACUUACUGUCCUAGCACCUUCAAGCUUGCUGCUGUUUGUGAUGAGUUGGAAUCAAAGUAUUGUGAAAGUUUAAGGACAGUUUGUUGGUGGUUUUUUUUUUUUAAAGGUAUUCAGGCACCAAAUUCUUUGACUUCAGUGCCUAAUUGCCUAAAGCAAUUUACAAAUGUAUUUGUUCUCUGAUCACUGGGACCAGUAAAAGAUCUAUUUUAGAAUUUUAGUCUUCAGGAUACUUUUAUGGCUAAACCUGUAAUAUGUUUUCAAUGGCUUGUGCUAUAAGUAUAAACAUAUAGAAAGUAUAAUAAGGAAAUGAGCUGGAGGGAUUUCCUUUAUUUACUUUGUGAAGGAGAAAUUCAGCCACUAAAAAUAAUCCCUGUUUUUUAGAUUUUUACAUGGCAGUGGAUGCAUAUUGUAUACCAAUGAUGCUUUGUUAUUUAGCUGUUAUUCUCAUACCAGAACUAAGUAUUGAACCUCACCACAGGAGACUUUGGUUUUGCUGGUUUACAAACCAUGAAGAAUCUUGUACAAGCCAGUGGAAUUCUUCCAUUUCCUACCUCAGAAUGUAUAUUAACUUUUUUGUGUCUUUGUGUGCAUGUACAGUAGGCAGCAGCUAAGCAAAGGACUAUUGUAAAUACUGCUUUGCAGUUUUAUCUUGUAGUGAGACAAAACUUGCUAAAGAAUGUUCUUGGCAAGGCUCUUUUUUUUUUUUCCCUCCUUCCCUCCACUCCCCCCCUUAUGGGUAACAUAGCAUUAAUAAAUAUAUUAAGACUAUUAAGCCACUUAUUUAAAACAAAAAUUAAAAAAUUGACAUAUUUCAACAGUACUUCUCAUAACCAGCACGUAAUACAAGUGACUACACUACCUCACCUAUGGGAUUGAAAGUUGAUUCAAAUCUCUAGUGAUAUCCUUGGAUUUUCAUCAUAUAUCAUUACUUUUUUAAGGGGAAAAAUUGUGUUAAUGAAGCAUAGCUUGUAUAAAUCACAAUGCUUGCAGUAAUUGAAAUUCAGAAAUAAAUACUAUAUGGCAGAAAUCAUGAGAGUUCUACUGCUUUGGAUAUAUUAUGAGAUAAUUGAAUUGAAAUUCUUUUAAAUAACUAUCAUUUAUAUAUGUUGAUUCUGUAUAUGUAUUACUCAUGAAGCUCUCUGGGUCUUUUCUCCAGCAUCUGUAUAUGCCUGGUUAAUUUAAUCCUGCCUCCCUCCCGUGUUGCCACCCUGGGCAGUGUUUUGCUCCUAAGUUUCCAUUUUAUUUAAAAAGCCAACAAGAAACAAUAAAAUCAAAACAAAAAGAAAAAAGAAAGCCCCGAACCUCUCUACUGUCUGUGCAUAAUAUCACUUUUAAAGCUGGCGAUAGUCUGAAAUGACGUGGAUAAUGACAUUAAAGCAUUGUCCUAAUAGUACACAUACUCUGAAAUGGAAUUCCUUGGGUUAAAUGUUUUGUUAUAAAGGGGUGGAGCAGCUAUGUAGACAAUGUCUGGCUGGAAACUUAAACAUAUCCAGUGGCCCGUACCCUCAACACACUUGGCUAUGGACGUUGGAAAACAAGGUCGGUGAUGACCGAGUUCAGAGGCCGGAGUAUCCACCAAAGAGUCGUGCUCCACUCCUGCAGUCCAGUGAUCAGCCGGGGGCUGAAUUCCGCCCAGCAAACGGUGCAGGGCUUCCCGUGCAGAAAUCAUGGCCGUCACUGACAUGUGAUAAAAUUCAUGUCACAAACCUGUGAUGAAAUUGAUGAAGUUGACGAAGUUUGAGGGUAGGUUGUUGCCUAACCAGCUGCAUCUAAAUAAUUUUUAAAAUACUUAUUUAAUACAGUAGACCUACAAGUUGCAUGUUGACUUCUAUAGCCUAUAUCAUCAACUUGCAAACGUUAAGAAUGAAUGACAAUUUUAUGAUACAGAAUUCUCAGGUAAAUGUUUUGGAGGUUUUUUGUUGGUUUUUUUUUUUUCCAGUAAAGAAAUACUCAAUUUUGAAAUUGUAAAAUACUUUGUUAAAGCAUGUUUUAAAAUACUUUGGACAGACUAUCUUAAAGCCAUAAGAGUAUGAUGGCAUACAGAUUGUAAAAUAAACAGAUAAUUACAACAGUUGAUUUUGUAUCUUUCGUAAUUCAAUAUUUUCUAAGACUACAAUAAAAACCACUAUCCUUUCUACAAAGGCUUUUCUUUUUUGUACAAAUCUUUUGCAGUGAAAGUGUUUACUGGUGCAUUUUUCACUUCUGUAGUACUACUAAAACAUUUCUGAAAACAGUAGCAAAGUAGUCUAUAAGUUCCCGAAUAAUACACACAGCAGCAAAUAUUACUGAGUUGGAAUAAAUUUCCUGUAAGUUUAUGUGA